AUGAUCAAACCAAACCAAACCAAACCACCUCCUCCCUCCAUCUUCAUCGAUACUCUCAUUCACAUUCCUCCACCACCAUCAUCGUCAUCAGUGCCACGCACGCCCAGCACCAAACAGACAAACCCAAAUCCCCACAGAACCACCAGCCAUUUCCGGUGGGUUCAUUGCGUCCGUAUGGAACCCGCUACCGCCACCGUUUUAUCGCCCAACACUCGUCGCCGCCACCGGAAAAUAGUCGUCAUCAUGGGUCCAACAGGGGCUGGGAAGUCUCGUCUCUCUAUCGACCUCGCAACUCGAUUCUUUAAAAACUCAGAGAUUAUAAACUCGGAUAAAAUGCAGGUCUAUCGUCGACUUGAUAUCACCACUAACAAAAUCACAAAGCAAGAACAGCACGGCGUCCGCCACCAUCUCCUCGGAGCGUUUGACCCAACUCAAUCGGUUGUGAACCCACACGAUUUCCGGAAAAUCGCAUCGGAUGCCAUCUCCGACAUUAUAUCCCGCCGUGGGUUGCCGCUUAUCGUCGGAGGUUCAAACUCAUUCAUCUACUCACUCGUUACAAAACGAUUCGACCCGAAAUCGGAUGUCUUCAACGGACCAAACCCAGACCCCGUCAGCUCAGAGCUCCGAUAUAAAUGUUGUUUCAUUUGGGUGGAUGUCUGCUUACCGGUUUUAAACCAGUAUUUAUGCAAACGGGUGGAUGAGAUGCUGGAUUCGGGUAUGUUGGAGGAGCUCUCGGAGUUUUUCAGUUCCGGCGAACAUUUAAAGGUGAGGCGGAGCGGGUUGGGGCAGGCGAUCGGAGUUCCCGAGCUGGAAGCGUAUUUCCGUACCGGUAAUGGAACGGAGUCCGAUGCGGUGUAUAGUGAGGGAGUGAGGAGGAUAAAGGACAAUACGUGUCAGCUAGCGAAGAGACAAGUGGGUAAGAUCCUACGGCUGAAGGACGGCGGGUGGGAUUUAAAGAGAAUUGACGCAACAGAGGCGUUCAUGGCGGUAUUGACGGCGGAUUCAGGCGGAGGAAGGGUGGCGGAAAUAUGGGAGAAGCAAGUGGUGGAAACAAGCGUAAAGAUCGUGAAGCAAUUCUUGGAGGAGUAG